CUCUGUCUUCUUCUGAAGUUUUCAUAUAGCCAUAUUUCUCUGUAUUUUGCUGUUCCCACCCCUUCUCUCUCUCUCUCUCUCUUCACCAUAAUCACAAAGUUCUAAUCUUUAUCACUCUGCAACUCCAAAUUCUCCUUCAAAACAAUCCCUUUUCUCUUCUUUGAGAAUGCCAGACUCCUGUGAAGAAAAAUCUGAACUUCCUUCCAAGUCAAAGCCACAAGAAGAACAUGGUUUUCCCAUGGAUUUUGAUAUAUACCUUGAAAGUUCAUCAUGGCCCAUGGAUCACACCCCUUCUGCUUCCAACCCCAUGUCUCCUUUCAUCAUAACAACCUCCUCUGAACAACCUUUUUCUCCUCUCUGGGCUUUCUCUGAUGUUGAAGAUGAUCACAGGCAUGUCAGGGUUGUUGCAGGUGAUAAUACAAAUACAGCAAUUGAAACUGAAAAUCCGGUUGAAAAUGAUGACAACAAAAAAAUAGUGUCACCCCCCUUUGUGCCUCUUCCACCUAUAAAAAUUCCAGAUGGUUAUUGUCUAAUUAAGGAAAGAAUGACACAAGCACUUCGCCACUUCAAACAGUUGACUGAACAGAAUUUUCUGGCUCAGGUUUGGGCACCUGUGAGGAAUGGCAACCGUUAUGCACUCACAACUUCAGGUCAACCAUUUGUUCUUGAUCCACAUAGUAAUGGACUACAUCAGUACAGAACAGUUUCCCUGAUGUAUAUGUUUCCUGUUGAUGGGGAGAAUGAUGAAAUCUUGGGACUUCCCGGUCGAGUUUUUCAGCAGAAAUUGCCAGAAUGGACUCCCAAUGUUCAGUAUUAUACAAGUAGAGAAUACUCUCGGAGAAACCAUGCACAACAUUACAAUGUCCGCGGAACGUUGGCUUUGCCCGUGUUUGAAUCACCAGGGCAGUCAUGUGUUGGUGUAUUGGAGCUGAUAAUGACUUCAGAGAAGGUUAAUUAUGCUCCUGAGGUUGAUAAAGUCUGCAAAGCCCUUGAGGCAGUGAAUUUGAGGAGUUCAGAAAUUCUGGAACAUCCAUUUGCUCAGAUUUGCAACGAAGGUCGCCAGAAUGCGUUAGCAGAGAUUUUGGAGAUAUUGACAGUGGUAUGUGAAACUCAUAAUUUACCUCUUGCACAAACAUGGGUUCCCUGUAGGCAUCGGAGUGUUUUGGCAAACGGCGGUGGUCUUAAGAAAAGCUGUUCUAGUUUUGAUGGCCACUGCAUGGGGCGAGUUUGCAUGUCUGCCUCCGAUGUAGCAUUCUAUGUCAUUGAUGCUCAUACAUGGGGUUUCCAUGAUGCUUGCGCUGAGCAUCACUUACAACAAGGUCAAGGUGUUGCUGGCAGGGCAUUUUUAUCCCAUAACAUGAGCUUCUGUGGAAACAUAACUCAAUUCUGCAAAACUGAUUAUCCUCUAGUUCAUUAUGCUCUCAUGUUUGGGUUAACCAGCUGCUUCGCAAUCUGUUUACAAAGUUCUCAUACCGGAAGUGAUGAUUAUGUGUUGGAGUUUUUUCUGCCACCUAGCAUCACAAACUUUUAUGAACAAAAGGAUUUGUUGGGAUCUAUAUUGGCAACAAUGAAGCAGAAUUUCCAGAGUCUUAAGGUUGCUGCCGGUGUGGAACUCGAGGAGGGUUGUACAAUUGAAGUUGUAGAACCAAUAAAUGAAAGAAUUCAUUUGAGCCUUGAAUCUGUUCCAGUUGCUCAAUCUGCUAAAUCACCACAACCUACGCUCAAUGCCUCGCUAAAUAAGGAUGAUGGAGUGCCACAAGGUCCGCUAGAACAGCAAAUGCCGGCAUGGUUGGAUGAUAUAAAUGAUGGAGGGAAUCUUGGUGAUAAUGCAGGUGGAAGCACGAAUCUGAUGACUUCCUUAGAGGCUAAAAUCAAGAAGAAACCCUCUGAAAGAAAACGUGGAAAAGCCGAGAAAAUGAUUAGUCUUGAAGUUUUGCAACGUUACUUCAGUGGAAGUCUGAAGGAUGCUGCAAAGAGCCUUGGUGUUUGCCCGACGACUAUGAAGCGUAUCUGUAGGCAGCAUGGAAUAUCUCGUUGGCCGUCAAGAAAGAUCAACAAGGUUAACCGUUCCUUGUCGAAGCUCAAGUGUGUCAUUGAAUCAGUCCAAGGUGCAGAAGGAGCAUUUGCUUUGAAUUCUGUAAAUAAAGACCCACUUCCCAUUGCUGCCGGUUCCUUUACCGAGCCUUGUACUUCAAAAAUGUUCAACCGGAAUGCCUCGUUGAGCAUCCAGCCAUCCAAGACUCAGAUCAAUGAAAAUGAUUUGGAUACUUCGAGAGUGUCAGAGACAAACCGACAGGUGAGGAUGCAAGAUCAAUUCCUUGAAGGAGAACAGAGUCCUGAGAAGGUGAUCCACGAAGAAGGUUGGUCUACUCAAGAAGUUGGCACUAAAGAUCCAGAGAAGUUUAGAAAUCUUAGUGGUUCAAGUGAAGAUAGCGCAAAUCCCCAUUCUCACGAUUCAUGUCAUGGUAGUCCCCCAAAUGAAAUUUCACCUGCAAAUAUAUUUAGACCAUUCAACAAAGAGAAAUCUGUUCCGUUAAGAGUUUCCGCAGAGUCAACAAUGCAGCCAACUAAUGCACUGAAUUAUGCAAAUGCAUAUACUGCGCUUAACGUCGAGAGAACAGAACCUCAAGAACCAUUUGGCAGAAUGCUACUUGAGGGUGUUGGUAGUUCUAAAGACUUGAGAAAUUUGUGCCCUUUGGAGGAUCAAGCUUUAGAAGCUUGUGGGGUUAAUCCACCAUGUCAUGACUUGGCUCCCAAGCAAUGCAUGAUGGAUAUUACCCUUAAUAGCAACAACACUAUGAUACCUUUUGCAACUAAGAAAGAGAUGAAGAGUGUGACAAUUAAGGCAACAUAUAAAGAAGAUAUCAUAAGGUUUAGGGUGUCUUUGAACUGUGGCAUUGUUGAACUGCAGGAAGAAAUUUCAAAGAGAUUGAAACUAGAAAUUGGAGCAUUUGAUAUAAAGUAUCUGGACGAUGAUAAUGAAUGGGUUUUGAUAUCAUGUGAUGCAGAUCUUCAGGAGUGCAUGGAUGUUUUAACUUCAUCAGGAAGCAACAUGAUAAGGCUUGUGGUGCAUGACACAGUUUCCAUUCUUGGAAGCUCAUGUGAGAGCUCUGGGAACUGAGGAUAAAUAGGCUUGUAUAUAUAGUUCCUAAGCUUGUACUCAAUUAUUUAGAUUGUUGUACUUAUGCAAGGAUAGUUUUUUCCCCCAAAAUUUUUUAAAGGAUUGUGGUUUCGGAUCAGUUCAAAUUGCAUAGCAUGACAGUUUCCAAUUCUU